UUCAACUAUUUUCAGCAGAUAAAAGCAUCAAGGACUCACAAGAUUUUCAUCCAAGUUGCAAUGUCAUCAUUUUUAUUUUUUACUUUUUUUUUUUUGAGUAUAGUUACCAAGUCAUGUAUCAUUUAUCAUCCAGACCAGCUUAAAUUAUUUUUAAAUUCUCGGAAGAUUUGAGUCUUGCUCACUCGUGCAGAAUGUCAGAUGUUAUAUAUAAUUGGACUUAACCCCUGGAGAAAUCUAAUGUAUAUACUAUUCGCAAACUUGAUAUGUUCACUGAGCGACGCCAGAUUUUAAAGUAUUGGUCUUAUUGUUUUUAAAAUCGUGUUCAUUGUGCAUUUUAUGCUUACAAAUUUCCAGCUUUGAAUAAACACAACAAAUUAUAUAACACAAUUUACUUGUUGGUCCUUUAGCUCUAAACCAGGAAAACGUGGUUUGGAUCAGAAGCCUUGUAUUUCUUUCCAUCCAUGGUUUUUCUUUUGUGUUUUGUAAGGUUUUGGUAUCCACUAUAUUUAAUGGUUUCGGAUGGUUGCACAAAUAAAAGUAUAGCUAAUUAGUAACUUGCCAGUCCUGGUUUGAAGCUGUAUUUAUUGAUUUUGCAGUUUUACUAAAUGGGCAUUUUACUUUUUUUCUAUAAAGGUGGUUAUGGGCAAGAUAUUUCGGGAGGUUUAUCAAAUAAUGGCAAAGGGCAGGCAAUUGAUAUAUUGUAUGCCCUCCUACGACAGCAAACACAACUACUUCAGAUGAAAUAGAAGACUGGGGAAUUGGGACAAGUCAUCCUUUGAUUGAUUGGAAUGCCUUGAGGGAAGAGCAGAAGGUGAUUGAGAAAAAAAGGUUUACAGGUCUGCCUCCCAUUAAAAAGGACUUUUACAUUGAAGAUGAGAACAUUAAAAACAUGUCUCAUGAAGAAGCUAUGUUGAUCAGGAAAGAAAGUAACAAUAUUAUAGUGGAUAAUCCUGAAGGCUGUUCUGUGCCCAAUCCUGUAAAGACUUUUGAAGAUGCUUUUCAACAUUAUCCUGAAAUACUUGAACAAGUUUAUAAUCAGCAAUAUAUUAAGCCUUCCCCUAUUCAGAGCCAGGCAUGGCCCAUACUUAUGCAAGGGAAAGAUCUUAUUGGAAUAGCUCAGACAGGAACUGGGAAAACCAUGGCAUUUCUUCUACCAGCUUUAGUUCACAUUGAUAACCAACCGGUACCAAGGAAAGAUCGUGUUGGACCAUCAGCCUUGAUUCUUUCACCUACAAGAGAAUUAGCCCAGCAAAUUGAAACAGAAAUUAACAAAAUAAAUUACAAGGGUAUAAGAAGCAUCUGUGCUUAUGGUGGUGGUGAUCGUAGAGAACAGCGUCAAAAACUUAAAAGUGGAGUAGAAAUAGUUGUAGCUACACCUGGUAGACUGAAUGACUUUAUGAAUUGUGGUGCGCUGAAUGUUAAAAAUGUUACAUACUUAGUUAUGGAUGAAGCAGAUAGGAUGCUUGAUCUAGGAUUUGAGAUAGAAAUUAAAAAAGUGAUGUUUGAUAUCAGACCAGAUAGACAGACUGUGAUGACCAGUGCAACUUGGCCACCAGAUGUUCAGCGUCUGGCAGAUCAGUAUAUGACAGAUCCUUACAAAGUUUUUGUUGGAACUUUAGAUCUUGCUGCUGUGCACAGUGUCAGACAGUGUGUUGAGAUUGUUGAAGAAAAUGACAAGAAAAGUUUGCUGUUAGAUUUUCUAUACCAGAUGAAGCCAGAUGAAAAAGCAAUUGUUUUUGUUGGGAAAAAAAUUAUUGCUGAUGAUGUUUCAAGUGAUUUGGCAAUGAACAACAUUAUGUGUCAGUGUAUUCAUGGUGAUAGGGAGCAGUGUGAUAGAGAAACAGCUCUUGAAGAGUUCAAAAAUGGAACUGUUAGAAUUUUAGUUGCAACAGAUGUAGCUUCUCGUGGUUUGGAUGUGAAAGACAUAACGCAUGUGAUCAACUAUGACUUUCCCAGGCAUAUAGAGGAAUAUGUCCAUCGGAUUGGAAGAACAGGCAGAGCAGGUCGAUCAGGCACUGGUAUAACAUUUGUAACCAGAAAUGACUGGAAAAGUGCACAGCAUUUAAUAGAUAUAAUGGCUGAAGCUGGCCAGGAAAUUCCAGAUGAGUUGGUUUCUAUGGCAGAACGAUAUAAAGCAUUUAAAAUGAGAACACCAGAUGAUGGUUUUGCAAGAAGAGGUGCUUUCAGGGGUGGUAGGAAAAGAGACGAAGGUGCUGGUUGGUUUUGAAAAGUUCAUUGAAUCUCCAAAAAGUAUUAUCUCCAAAGUAUCAAAAAAUACAUUUGUACAUAGAUUUUUUUAUAUUUUUGUAUGUUUAUAAAUCAUUUUUUUAUAAAUCAUUUUUGGGUGGUUUUGAAAUGUUCACAAAAUCCCCAGUUGUAAAAAGAUUUUUAAAAUUUUAUGUUCCAUUGUUACAAAUUGAUAUUCCAUUGUUAUUGAAAUAAAUCAAAAUGUUUAUGA